AUGGCGCGCAGCGCGGGCGGAUCCACGGGCGCGGCGUCGCUGGCGACGCUCGACGCGACGACGUCCGAGGGUGACACCCAUCUGAGUCCGAUGCUGAUGCGAACGGACGGCGCCGAACGCCUCGACGACGACGCGCUGCGGGCGUCGCCCGAGCGCGCCGCGGCGACGCGCGCGGCGCAAUCGUCGGGAUCGGCGUUCGGGAUGGGCGGCGCGGGCGGCGCGGGCGAAGCGCGGCGACGGGGACGCGGGACGCGACGAGGGGACGAAGACGCGGACGACGACGCGGACGUCGAACGGUCCGCGAGAGACUUGGACGACGACGGCGGAUACGAGACACGAAUGCCCGCGGUGGACGCGGCGGCGGUGACGCGGUCGAUCGAAAAUCCGGGACACGCCACGGUGAUCGGGGACGAAGGGGCGCGACGCGCGGCGACGCACUCGAUUCAAAACUCGCAAGCCGUGCGGUCGAACGACGACGUCGUGAACGGAGACGAAGCCGGGAAUGUGAGGGCGCGCGCGCGGGCGAUGGGUGAGGAGGCGGCGGCGACGGUCGACGCGACGAAUGCGGACGGCGCGGCGCGGCGCGGCGCGGCGCCCGGGUUGACGCGAAGUCGCGUCGGCGGGCGCGGAGGCGCGACGGGGAGUUCGAGCACGGUGCACGGACACGCACAGCGGCCGGCGAAUAGUGCGGGAGAUUCGAACACGGCGGCGGUGUCGAGCGACCGCGCGCGUCCGGUGGAUUCGACCGAGGCGCAGAGGCUUACGAAUUCGCGCGGCGAAGGCGGGCGCGCGGAUUCGGGCCUGGGCAAUAGCGAAGAGGUGGAAUGUGGCGACAUCAAGGCGGCUGGAAGCUUGCUCGCCGGUGAGGGAGGAGCGGCAGGUGUCGGUACCGAGGUCGAAUCGAAGCAAAUCAUUCUGCCCGCGCCGACGCGGUGGGAUAAUCAAGAACCGUGGGACGUACCGCGAGAAUCGCUCGUUCCGGCGUCGCUCGAGCUCAAGGCUCGCGCGGAUGCGCUCAAGGCGAUCGAGAAUUUCGGCACCGCCGAGCGCGCGUACGGACACGCCCUGCGAUUUAUCGAUCAAAUUGAAAUGUUUGAAACCGAAGAGACGGGUGGAUCGUCGGAGCGAAAUUCACAGUUGAAGACGGCGUGCUUGCUCGAAGCGAGCGCGUGCGCGCUUCGGAGAGCCGAUCCCGUGCGAGCGGGUGAACUCGCAGCUCGCGCGCUCGCGCGCGAACCGAACAAUGCACUCGCACUCAAGGCGCGAGCGCUCGCCGCGGUGACCGAGGGAGAUUUCGGCACCGCCAUCGGCGACUUGACCAAGGCGUUGGAAAUGACGCCCGAUGAUCCGGGGCUCGUCGCGGAUUUGCGCGAAGCCACUCACCGACGUGAUGUCGCUCUCCACGCACCACGACGGGGUGGUAUCGCAUCGUCGUUCAUCGGCGCACCGGGAGGAGUGUCCUGGGGGACGAUGCCCAUGAGCGGCAUGGCGGGAUCGAGCGCGCAGGGCGGGCAACUGUUCUCUUACCCCAACGCCGGCUACGUCGCCAGCGGUGGCUUGGGUAUGCACGGUGAAGUUGAGGGGGAAACCGAUGGCGCCAUGAGUGCUGGAGUUUUCGGAGGUGGGUUCAGCUCUUUCCAAAACGUCGACGAUAACGCUGCCAUGGAUACACGAGCGAUGCUUGACGGUACGCACUUGCGCCGACCAGACAGCCCGUCGCACGCCACCGGCACGGAAUCGCGCAUGGAUCAACCGGGAACAACUUUCAAUCGCGUCGGUGGUACGCCGAGCGUGAGUAAAGAAGAAUGCGAUGCAGUCGGAUGCCUUUAUGCUCGGUGACGAAAGCGAAGAAGACGGCGAAGAGGUGUGCGGCGGCGGCGGAAAAGAGCCGGUUUCGAGCGAAUGAUGUUAAGCGAGCAAUGUAGACGACGACUGGAUUCGUAA